ACAUGAUCCCAGUUCUAGAGAUUGUUGCUUUUAACUCUCUGUUUCUGUUCCCCGCAUAGCCAUGGAUGAUGACCCAAAUUGUCCUUCUGCACAUCAAGCCUCUGACAAUGACUCUGACACUGAGAGCAAAACUGAUCCAGAUGCCCAGGCUCAAGAGUACAUUGCACGCGUCCUUGGCCCUUCAAGCCAGCCCUCUCAGGCAUCUCAUUAUCUGCCCCUGGAGUCUCUCUCAGUAGGUGGGCCGGACCGAGUGCCUGAGCGCAGGUCACCUCCCCUAGAGCUGAAAAAGUCUCCAGUGAGCAAUGACACAGUCUCGGGGCUGUUGUCUCUCCCUCUAGAGCUGAUCUUGGAGAUCUGUUCCUACCUGCAGGCCAGGUUUGUCCUGAGCGUCCUUCCUUUGGUCUGUCAGACGCUGAGGGACAUUGUGCAGGAUGAAGUUACAUGGAGAAUUCGCCUGCAGAAGAGGAUUGGCGGCUGCUACCCGGUUGUGGAAGCAGAUGACGAGUUUAACUGGCCAGCUGCCUGCAUUGAACUAGAGGAACAUCUCCAGCAAUGGGUAGAGGAUGGCAAGAAUACAGAGUACUUUUCUCUAGCUGAUGGGCACUUUGCUUCAGUUGACUCUGUUCUGCUUCUACAGGGUGGAGACCUGUGUCUCUCAGGUUCUCGGGACCGAAAUGUCAACUUGUGGGACCUGAAGCAGUUAGGCAAAGAACCAGAAAAAGUGCUUGUGAAGGCCCUGGGAACGGAGCGCAAUGGGACACACAAGGGAUGGGUCUGGUCGCUGGCUGCAAGAGACAACCAGGUGUGCUCAGGUUCCUGGGACAGUACUGUGAAGCUUUGGGACAUAGCUGCUGAGGGGCAGCAGUUUGGAGAAAUCAGAGGGAAAGCAGCUGUGUUGUGCCUUUCUUACCUGCCUGACAUCCUUGUCACAGGAACCUAUGACAAGAAGGUGACAGUAUAUGACCCACGAGCAUCUCAGCCCCUAGUAAAGAGCCGCAAGCUCCAUUCCAGUGCAGUCCUGUCCCUGGCGGCGGACGAGCGCUUCAUCAUCUCUGGCAGUGAGGAUCGGACACUGGUGUGUUUUGACCGGCGGGCCAACAGCGUCCUCCAGAGGCUAAAGCUGGACUCCUAUCUCCUCACCAUGUCAUACCAGGGUUCUCAGCUGUGGGCCGGAGACAACUACGGACUGUUGUAUGUGUUUCAGAACCGAGGGGGCAGCUUUCAGCGCAUCAGGUACUUUGAUGUGGGCCACCGCUCUCAGAUCACUGGAGUCCAACUUUCGCUGGGCGCUCUGUACACCACUUCCACGGACAAGACGCUGCGUGUCCAUGUUCCCACGGAUCCACCCAAGGCUAUCUGUUCACGGAUGCACAGCUACAUGCUGAGUGGGAUCAGCGUUGAAGGGAACAUAGCAGUAGCUGCCUCAGGUGGUCUCUCUGUGGAAGUCUGGAGACUCCACGUGUGAUGAAGAGGAGUCAGCUGCUGAUCCACA